AUCUUGUAUUUCCUCGCUUCGUUCGUGUAUUUGGUCCCACCGUUCCUCAUUGGGAGCCUGGAUGAUUUCUUGAACAAGAAAAACCCGCCAAUGACAGAAGGUCUCUACAUCGUGGGAGUACUCUUAGCAUCCCAACAAAUAUUCUCGAUCUUGCGGUCGCACACUUUCGGCACCCUAUUCAAUGUGGGCAUCAAGCUCAAAUCGGGCUUAUCAUCUGCAAUAUACCAAAAGUGUUUAAGACUGUCAUCAAAGUCUUCGAAAGAGUAUCCGACCGGCGAUAUAGUGAGUUUGAUAACGAUCGAUGUCGACAUCAUCCAAUGGGCUAUGAUUCAGUCCAAUUAUGCCUGGGGAGCGCCCGUAUCGGUAGUAUUGACCUUCGCCCUCAUAUACCAAUACCUCGGGGUAUAUUGCUUGGCUGGGGCGCUUGCGAUCGUGGCAUUCACGCCCGUGAUCGUCCUCAUGACGAAAAUCGAGAGCGCUCUGCAAACGAAACACAUGAAGAAGAAAGAUCAGCGAAUCGAGAUGGUGACUGAGGUUUUCAACAAUGUCAAGGUCAUCAAAUUGUAUGCUUGGGAGAACUCUUUCAUGCAAAAAAUUCGCAAGCUCAGAGACCAGGAAUCCCGGCUGAUGUACAUUUAUCUCGGAGCUAGCAAUGCAUUCGGAUUCACUUGGAAUUGUUAUCCGUUUUUCGUUUCGACGGCGGCGAUUGGAGCCUACAUGUUCUUGAAUAAAGAAGGCGUCCUCAACCCGAAGAUCGUCCUGGUUUCGAUCGCAUAUUUCAAUUCUCUCAGGGACAAUCUGAUCACGUUUCCGUAUUCGGUCUCCUCGCUGGCCAAAGCUUUCGUCUCAAUGCGGCGGAUUCAAGACUUUCUCGAAGCCGAUGAAGUCGAUCCGAGCAUCAUUAAAGAAGAACUCGAAGCCGAUGAGGACAUCUCAUUCCGGAACGCCAGCUUCACUUGGGGAGAUGACGAGAAUCCCGUUCUGAAGAAUCUCAAUUUUUCCAUAAAGAAAGGGGAACUGGUCGCCGUCGUAGGUUCCGUGGCUGCCGGGAAAUCAUCGCUCAUCCAGGCGAUCAUCGGUGAACUCAUUCCCACCUCUGGGUCAGUCAGCCGGAGAAAAGAGCGUAAGAUCGGCUACGUUCCGCAACAAGCCUGGAUUUUGAACAGCACGGUACGGAAAAACAUCCUCUUCGGAUGCGCCUACGCAGCUCGAAGAUACCGGGAUAUCGUGAAGGAAUGUUGUCUGCUCCCCGAUUUGAAAAUCCUCCAAGCCGGUGAUUCGACGGAAAUCGGGGAAAAGGGAGUAAACCUGUCCGGAGGCCAAAAGCAAAGAGUCUCUCUUGCGAGGGCGGUUUACCUGGAUGCUGAUAUCUAUCUUCUGGAUGAUCCGCUCAGUGCUGUGGACGCUCACGUAGCUUACGACCUAUUCAAUGACGUGGUCGGCCCGAAAGGUAUCCUCAGCGGGAAGACGCGUAUUCUCGUCACCCACUCGGUCGCCGUUCUGCCCCAUGUAGACAGGAUCAUUGUCUUGGAGGACGGAGAGGUCACACAUCGGGGCACGUAUGAUGAGAUCAUGAGCCAAAACGUUCGCCUCAAGGAGCUCGUCGAGACACAUGCGAACACGGGCAGCGAGAACUCCGUCCACGAUGAGGUUUCACGAGGCAGCGACGAGCCGUCUACAAGAUUCCGAAAACGCACGCGGUCGGUCGACAGCGUCUCUUCGAAUGUCAGCGGCUGCGUAGAGCGCCAAAUGCCCGACAUUCCUUUCGGGAAACUCAUCGAGGAAGAAGAAAUGGAGGUUGGCGUGGUUCGAUGGAGAGUUUAUUUCGAGUUUCUGUGGCAUUUCGGUAUCAUCGGAACUAUCCUGGGGCUCACUUGUUAUGCCCUUUCCAAAGCUGCCGAUCUCUGGUCGCUUCUUUACAUAACGACCUACAGCAAAGAGAUAGAGAUAAAGAACGGAACUACCCCAGAGGACAUGUGGUCCCACAUGCAAAUAUACAUCGCCAUAGGAUCUUCCCAAGGCGUAGCGAUGCUGGCUGCCCUUACAGCCCUCUCGUUGGGCUGCAUCUGGACUUCGACAUCCCUCCACAACAAGAUGCUCGACGCGGUGAUGAAAGCUCCCAUGAGUUUCUUCGAUGCCACGCCAACGGGUCGAAUUCUGAACCGGUGA